AUGUCGUCCAAACUCGAAAAAGACGUGGCUUGGGAGAGUAGCAUUCUCGGCACAAUCUACAAACAACUCUUCGUGCAUCCUCAGCCAAUACCAUCCACCGUGAGCCUCGCCAGCAAGACUGCUAUAAUCACUGGAGCCAAUGGGGGGCUUGGAUUUGAGGCGGCCCGACAGUUGCUCAAGCUCGGGCUCUCAAGGCUCAUCUUGGCUGUGCGGUCUCAAGCUAAGGGCCAAGCCGCUGCUGAGACACUGAAAAAGGAAUUUCCCAUCGCCAAUAUUCAAAUCUCUCUAGUCGACUUGGCUGAUUACGAUUCCAUCACCGCAUUCGCAGACCGCUGCCGACUCUUGGAACAGAUUGACUACGUCAUCCUCAACGCCGGCCUCCAGAGUAGCACAUUCAGGAGGAAUGAGAAUACAAACCACGAGUCGGUUUUCCAAACCAACUUUCUCUCAACUGUGUUCCUCCUGCUGCUCCUCGUAUCGGUGAUAAAGGAGAAGAACCGACAACGCCUAACCGAUCAGCCACCAGUUAUAACUGUCGUUGGCUCAGACACCAUGUAUUUCAGCAAGUUUACGGUGGUAGAUCCCAUCUUCUCCAGGCUGGAUGACCCCAAACACUUUGUCAAGUUCCAGCAAUACAUGGACUCCAAGUUUCUUGUAAUGAUUUUCAUCUCUCAGCUAGCCGAGAAGGUCAGUUCCGACGACGUCGUCAUCAACGUGUGCAACCCUGGAAUGACAGCCGGAACUGGCCUUGGUCAUGACUCGGAACAUCUGAGCUUCGCGGAAAAAUACAUUAUGCCAAUUUUUGCGAAAGCUCUAGGCCGUUCGGUUCAAGUUGGAGCAAGUGUCUACAUUCAUGCGUUACUUGUGGAAGGAAAGGAGAGCCAUGGCAGCUUUGUGAGCGAUUGGGCUAUCAAGCCAUACCCGAGCGUUUUGUAUAAGAAGGAAGGGAAGGGCCUGGGCGCGCGCCUUUGGCAGGAGACGAUUGAAGAGUUGCGUUUCACUUGGGCCCCCUGA